GUGUGUGGUUAAACUUAAGGGCAGAUAGAGAGAAGGAGAGUAAAGGAGCAGGAAGAGAAAGUUGUUUGUGUGCAGACAUGGACCUGCGCUCGGAGCUGCUCAAGUCAAUUUGGUAUGCUUUUACAGCACUUGAUGUGGAGAAGAGUGGCAAAGUCUCCAAGUCCCAGCUAAAGGUUCUGUCUCAUAAUCUGUGUACAGUGUUGUGUAUCCCUCACGACCCCGCUGCUCUAGAAGAACAUUUCCGUGAUGAUGAUGAUGGUCCGGUCUCUAGUCAGGGCUACAUGCCGUACCUCAACAAGUACAUACUCGACAAGGUGGAGGAGGGCAGGUUUGUGAAAGAGAAUGUGGAUGAGCUUUGCUGGACUCUCACAGCCAAAAAGAACUACAAGCCCCAAGGUGACAGCAUCCUGCCACCCAAAGAUGCUUUUCGGCUCUGGUGUCUCUUCAUCUUCCUCUCAGAGGACAAAUAUCCACUGGUGAUGAUCACUGAUGAGGUGGAGUACCUACUAAAGAAGCUGUGCAUGGCCAUGAGUGUGGAGCUAAACGGUGUUGAGCUGGAGGACUUUAUUUCCCAUGAUUCUAUUCAGCAAAACGGUUUCAGUGCAUGGGCAUUUCUGCAAAUGAUGAACUCUGGGAAGCUCACCAGAGGACUUGCCAAGGAAACAAUCAGCAUGGCUAUCGAGGAAGUGUAUCGAGAGAUAGUGGGGGACGUGCUGAAAGAGGGUUACUUGUGGAAGAAGGGUCAGUUGAGGAGGAACUGGACAGAGCGCUGGUUUACCCUUAAACCAAACUCUAUGGACUACUUUGUCAGUGAAGACCGCAAAGAGCGAAAAGGCAGCAUCACACUGGACACCAACUGCUGUGUAGAGAUUCUACCAGACAGAGAUGGCAAAAGGUGUAUGUUCUGCCUGAAGACCAUCUCCAAGACGUUUGAGCUCAGCGCCUCAGACACCAAACAGCGUCAGGAGUGGACAACAGCGAUCCAGACAGCAAUCCGGUUACAUGCAGAGGGUAAGUGCUCCCUGCAUAAGGAGCUGAAGCUGAAGCGGAGAGAACAGCGUGAACGUAGGGAGAGGAGGCGAGUGGAGAAGGAGCAGGAACUACAGCACCUCCACCUGCUGCAGGAAGAACGAGAACGCAAGAACGCUGAGCUGGAACUGCUAAAGGAGGCCCAGAGGCAGGCACAACUACUGUUGGAACAAGAAGAACAGCGGAGACACGAACAGCACGAACAGCUCCAACAAGCACUGGAGCUCCAGCUGAAGGAGGCUCAGGAGGCACGUGUGUUUAUGCAGGCUGAGAUGGCAUUGAAGGAGGAGGAGGCGGAGCGUCAGAGAAGGCGGAUUCAAGAGCUGGAGGAGAUGCAGCAGAGAUUAGAGGAAGCUCUGAGACAGGAGAUCAAAGCCAGACAGGACGAGGAGCAGCAUCGAUACACACAAGCUAGGUUGCUGGAGGAAGAGGAGGACAAGAUGAAGUCCCUGAUGUGUCUGCAGGAGGAGCAGGAGGAGUUCAUUCAGAGGGAGCAGAGGGAGAAACAGGAGUUAAAACAGGAGAUGGAGAGCAAAACGCGAGCAUUGGAGGAGGCUCAGAAACAGCUGGAUGAGAUCAGAGCUAACCGACACAGAGUGGAGCAGGACGUGGUGGCUGCUCAGAGGAAGCUCCGGCAGGCAAGCACUAAUGUCAAACACUGGAACGUACAGAUGAACAGACUGAUGCAUCCUAUUGGACCAGGAGAGAAGCGGCCAUCAGUGGGAGGCUACUCUAGUUUCCGCAUCCCGUCACAGAAGGAUCCAGCAUUGCGGCUCAUUCGGACAAACAGCGAACAAGACGAGGAGAGCAAAGAGAACACAGCUGAGAUCCUUCUCUCUAAUGCCUCCAAUGGAACUGUGGACACACACUGAGAGGCUUGGCCAAACUAGAUCUAUGCCUUGGAUUUUAACAAAGAGUAAAGAAUGAGUAUUUAUGUACUCCCAUCAGCAAGCAAUCCUCCUCCUCUAGUCAGUGGAGGCGGUCAAGAAAUUUUUACAGCGUUACCUGCAGUAUUGGACAAGUAUUGGAUAAUGGCAAGAUCAGUAAAUAAGCUUGAGAGGCUGGUUUUGUCUUAAUGUAAACUUCGCAGACGUCAUUAAGCACGCGCUGAGUCCAUAUGUGUGCUUGUAAACAUAGCUAAGGAUUAUUUUGUAUACAACAUGAUAUCUUUUUUUGCUUUAUCUGCAUGUAAAGGCUAAGUGUACAAUAAAGCAUCAUGACACGCA